UAGAGGCAGUCAGUGGUGGCUUAGUCGUGGGAGGGGUAGGACGUGCGACGUUCUGUGGUUGAAAUAUUUUGUUUGCUUCCGAGGUUUAGUGCGACUCAAGAUGACAGGAGAUCAACAGCCAAACAACCAUGAAGAAGAGGAUGAUUCUGGAAGUGACAUGAACACGGCCUUUGGUCGUGGUCAACGUGGCAGAAAAGGAGCUUUGAAAAAGAAAAAUGUGUUCAUGAUAAAAGAUCACCCUUUUAUUCCAAGAUUCUUCAAGCAGCCGACGUUUUGUAGCCACUGCAAAGACUUCAUUUGGGGCUUCGGCAAGCAGGGAUUUCAGUGCCAAAUCUGCAGCCUCACUAACGCCCUGUUUUCAUGUGGGGGCCGUGAACCGCAGUGCGGGGCCGUGAACCGCAGUGUGGGGGCCGUGAACCGCAGUGUGGGGGCCGUGAACCGCAGUAUGGGGGCCGUGAACCGCAGUGUUGGGGCCUGCGGGGACCGUGAGCCGCAGUGCGGGGGCUUUGAACCGCAGGGCGGGGGCCAUGAACCGCAGGGCGGGGGCCAUGAACCGCAGGGUGGGGGCCGUGAACUGAGUGCGGGGACCGUGAGCCGCAGUGCGGGGGCUUUGAACCGCAGGGCGUCGGGGGCCGUGAACCGCAGUGCGGGGGCCGUGAACCGCAGUGCGGGGGCCGUGAACCGCAGUGCGGGGGCUGUGAACUGCAGGGCGGGGGCCAUGAACCGCAGGGCGGGGGCCAUGAACCGCAGGGUGGGGGCCGUGAACCGCAGUGCGGGGGCCGUGAACCGAAGUGUGGGGGCCGUGAACCGCAGUGUGAGGGCCGUGAACCGCAGUGCGGUGGCCGUGAACCGCAGUAUGGGGGCCGUUAACCGCAGUGCGGGGGCCGUGAACCGCAUUGCGGGGGCCGUGAACCGCAGUGUGGGGGCCGUGAACCGCAGUGCGGUGGCCGUGAACCACAGUGUGGGGGCCGUGAACCGCAGUGUGGGAGCCGUGAACCGCAGUGCGGUGGCCGUGAACCGCAGUGUGGGGGCCGUGAACCGCAGAUGGUUUCAAUGGACAUUUUUUUCAUCAGCAUGCAACAUGAAUGUACACAAGCGCUGUACGGAGUCUGUACCGAACCUGUGUGGAUGUGACCACACAGAGCGACGCGGCCGAAUACUCCUCAAGAUUCAGUGUGUACACAACAAGCUUGUGUGUGAGGUGAUCGAGGCCCGCAACUUGAUCCCAAUGGAUCCCAACGGACUGUCCGAUCCUUACGUGAAGAUCAAACUCAUCCCGGGCGCCGACGUUAAGAAGAUGAAGACCAAAACCAUCAAGGCUUCGCUCAAUCCUGUAUGGAACGAGACCUUGUCGCUGGAGCUGAAGCCUGAAGACAAGGACAGGCGCCUCCUGAUCGAAGUUUGGGACUGGGACCGCACCUCCCGCAACGACUUUAUGGGGUCCCUCUCUUUUGGGGUGAGCGAGAUCAUCAAGAACCCCGUGGACGGAUGGUACAGGCUGCUCACGGACCAAGAGGGCGAGUACUACAACGUCAUGGUACCACCUGAGGGCACCGACAUCGCCAAACUCAAGGAGAAGUUCAAGACGCUGAGUAUCAACAAGCGUCCCGUGGCGCCUGCUGUACCCAACGACGUGCCGUCGAACAUGUCCAAGCGAGACGUGAUCCGCGCUACCGACUUCAACAUGUUGAUGGUGCUUGGAAAGGGGUCCUUUGGCAAGGUGCUGCUCGCUGAGAGAAAGGGCACAGACGAGCUGUACGCCAUCAAGAUCCUGAAGAAAGACAUCAUCAUCCAGGACGAUGACGUCGAGUGUACCAUGAUAGAGAAGCGGGUGCUCGCGCUCGCUGGCAAGCCUCCCUUCCUGGUACAGCUGCACUCCUGCUUCCAGACCAUGGACCGCCUGUACUUCGUCAUGGAGUAUGUCAACGGAGGCGACCUGAUGUUCCAGAUCCAACAGUGCGGCAAGUUCAAGGAACCCGUCGCUGUGUUCUACGCAGCGGAGAUCGCCAUCGGUUUAUUCUACCUGCACUCGCGCAACAUCAUCUACCGCGACCUGAAGCUUGACAACGUCUUGCUGGACCAGGACGGUCACGUCAAGAUAGCAGACUUCGGCAUGUGCAAGGAAGGAAUUUCUGGCGACACAACAACCAAGACUUUCUGCGGCACUCCGGACUACAUUGCGCCUGAGAUCAUCCAGUGCUCUAAGGACCUCUGCAAGGGCCUGCUGACGAAGCAGCCCGCUAAGAGGCUGGGCUGCGGGCCCACGGGGGAGGAAGACAUCAGGACGCACUUGUUCUACCGCCGCAUCGACUGGGGGCGCCUCGAGAACAGAGAAGUCCAGCCGCCCUUCAAGCCCAAAAUCCGGCACCGCAAGGACGUAAGCAACUUCGACAAGCAGUUCACGUCGGAGCGCACCGAGCUCACCCCCACCGACAAGCUCUUCCUCAUGAACCUCGACCAGACCGAGUUCACUGGAUUCUCCUACCUCAAUCCUGAGUUUAUUCAACACGUGUGAGCUCGCAAAUAUUAAAUAUUUUGUUCACCACUUUUUAACUCCCAAACAUUAAGUAUUUUAUUCGAUACGUUUUAACUCGCAAACGUCAAAUAUUUUAUGCGACACGUUUUAACUUGCAAACGUCAAAUAUUUUA